ACUAACACAGUUUUAAACCGUUUGUCACGUUUUACAAGACGCGCGCAAACAUUUUCAUCAAAUUCGGUUCAAUUGGCGGUCGGUCGCGUUUAGUUUAGUUCGUCAUCGUUGAUCACAUAGUGACGGUCCCCCUCACGAUCCGGCGGAGGUGAAAAGUUUUUCUCAGUUUAACGACGACGGGGCGACGGCGACAGAGCGUUGAUUUUAGUUAUAGUUUAAUGACGCGAAUCGAUUUGCGGUUGGAAGAUGCUGCAGGGCAGAGUGUGAAUGCGCACAUGUUUUGGUAGUGAUUGAAUUAGAGAUAGACAAAUUAAUUUUGUGAUAAAUGAAGUAAUCAAAAGUGAACACAAAAUGGAACGAAGCUAAUAAAAAACGUUUAUGUGAACAUUGAAACACAAGUUUGCUGCAAGUUAAAAAAAAGUAAAAGGCACAACAAUGACCUCCGAGUGGGACAUAAAUGACGCACAUAUCCCGUUCGUGCAGGACGUCGCGUACGACAAGUUCAACGAGUGGGCCGACGGCCACUGCCGGUACGUGUACCUGCCGACGGAAGACCAAGCCCGGAAACACAUCUCUGGCUGGGCGAUGCGAAACACCAACAACCACAACGUGGCAAUCCUGAAGAAGAGCUGCCUCGGCGUGUUGAUCUGUUCGGCCCGCUGUCGGUUACCUAACGGGGGUCAGAUCCAUCUGCGGCCGGCGAUCUGCGACAAGGCCCGGCGGAAGCAACAGGGGCGGGCGUGUCCAAAUCGGAACUGCAAAAAUGGUCGACUGGAGGUGCUGGCCUGUCGGGGUCAUUGCGGAUAUCCGGUGACGCACUACUGGAGACACACGGACCGGGCUAUAUUCUUCCAGGCCAAGGGUAGUCAUGACCAUCCGAAGCCAGAGUCCAAGACCUCGGGGGAGACCCGCAAGCUGGUCGGGGUGUGUGGUUCGAAGAGCAAGACCAAGAAAUUGUCGGUGCUACUGCUGAGGGAUGCCGCAUUGGGGAAUAAAUUGAUGUCCUUGAAAAAUGGAAGCAAACCUGCGAACAACCCCACGACAACGGUUGAUAUUCUUCAACCUCCUCCGUUGAUUCCGGAUUCCAGCGUUGACAAGCCAAAAUGCAACACCUGCUUCAAGAGUCCAUGCUGUUGUCGGGUCACACUCCCAAACUCUGCACUGCAGCCUAAACUCUGCAACAUUCCAUCCCCAGCAAUUCAAUACCCGGAAACUGCAUUCAGCAAUCCACAGUCUUCCACGUGGCCAUGCUAUCCCACAGGUACGGGUCAUCAAACCUACGAAAGUUGCAUGGGAACCACCCAAACCAUGUCAAAUUAUCCAACCAGCUCAAUCGAAAGUUUCCAACCGGAAGAAAUCUUCCAACUGGAUCAACCACUGCGAGUAGGUCCACCACAACCACCGCACGGCAACGUUGUCCCACCUCCAACAACCCUGCUAGAUCUUGGCAGUGGGACAAUCUACAAAAAGUGUAACCAAAUCACGCCCGACUACUUUAUCUCCGGCAACGGAAACCUGUUCAACGACUACUUAACGCACCCCGGCCCGUUGAGCGACAAAUCGAUGGGACCGUCUCCGACCCAAUACCCAACAGCGGACCUGCCACGGUCCAUCAAGAAAGAAUCCCUCCCGAAAUCGUACGAAUGCAGCAGCUAUGGCCAACGCCAGCCGACCCCGUCACGAUUUGACUGUGAUAGUCAGCAAAGCUGCCGGAAGGCGCAGAAAGCUGCCAACCUGAACAACAAUAACCAUCAUGGCGGACAGUAUGGUGGUGGUGGCGCUUACGCCACUUGUGACGAAGUCAAUUACUGCUACCAAACGGCUUCCGGUACUUAUCAACAGCAGCAGCAGCUUCAACAGCAUGGCUACGGAGGAGCUCAAACGGACGUGGCCGGCGGAACUCAGAUGCUGAUGACCAAUGGAUACGCCGAUGAGUACUAUCGAUAUUCUGACGGGGGUGGAACGGGAGGGUACGGGAAGUUGAGCGCAGUCGGAACCGGGGUGCAGAUGAAUUCGGACCCUCAACUUGCUUCGUAUGAUUUUUACUAAGUUAUUAAA